AUGUCUUCCUCGUCCUCGUGGUCCUCUUCUACUGGUCACUACGGUGUCGUUGGAUCAACGUCAGCAAGUAAAUUGUCAUCAUCAUCAUCAUCACCUCCAAUGGUACAUGAUAGUGGUGGACAUCAAACAACGACCAACAACGCUUUGCAAUGGCCGAGUCCUCACACUGUACACGACAUUCUGGCUAAUAGUUGUAAUAUACAGAACUCUUCAUCAUCCUCUUCUCCAACUUCGUCACUAUGCUCCACAAUCAACAAUAAUCAUCAUUACAACCGUCAUGAUGACAGUUCUGUUAAUAAUAACAACAACAGUAAUAAUGAAGAUAAUAAUAAUCAUAGAAUCUCAAGCGGAUAUCUUCACCAUCAUCCUCAUUUGGCACAUCAACAGUAUUAUGCUUCAGCGUUGUAUCAUCAUCAUCAUCAUCAUCAUCAUCACCAUACAGAUGCUGUAACGGCUGCCACCAUAUCAUCUACACUUUCUGUACAAUCCAUUAUGUUACAGUCAGGAACAACAACCCAACCAGCUAGCAAUUAG